AUGGCUUUUAAAUUGAUCGUAUUCUCCGCCAUGGUGGCUUGCAUUCAUGCCGGUGCAAUCGGUUACUCCGCACCAAUUGCCUACCACGCAGCUCCAGCUGUACACGCCGGACCCAUUGCCUACCACCCAACUCCAGCUGUACACGCCGCACAAAUUGCCUACCAGGAAGCUCCAGCUAUACACGCUGCCCCGGUGGCUUAUGCCCCCGUUGCCAAAACCUUAGUCGAAAAGCACAUCGACGAGGAGUAUGACCCCAACCCACAGUACAAUUACUCUUACGAUGUACAUGACAGCAUUACCGGCGACGCCAAAAGCCAGCACGAAGAGCGCGAAGGUGAUGUCGUUCGCGGCAGCUACUCCCUCGUCGAGGCCGAUGGCAGCAGGCGUGUCGUUGAAUACACCGCUGACCCACACAACGGUUUCAAUGCCGUCGUACACAAGGAGCCCGUUGCGCCUGCGGUUGCCAAAGUCCAUCACGCUGCACCUGCUGUUGCCACUUAUGCAGCAGCCCCAGUUCUCUUCAAAUACAAUCCUGCAAUGGCCUUCAAGUUUGUCUUGUUCGCCACUUUGGUGGCCUACGCUCAGGCCGGUGCUGUAGGAUAUUCGGCACGUGCAUAUGAGCAACCACUCGCUUAUGCGACUCAAGGUGCCUACCACAGAGAACAUGUUGCCGUGGCACAUGCAGCUCCCGUAGCCGUCGCCGCCGCACCCGUGGCUGUAGCAGCUGCUCCGGUAGCCUUACGCGCCAAAGUAUCUGACGAAUCCUUCGACCCUCAUCCCCAAUACAGCUACUCGUACGAUGUGCACGACACCAUCACCGGAGACGCCAAGAGCCAACACGAGGAACGUGACGGUGACGUCGUCCGUGGUAGCUACUCCCUGAUCGAACCUGAUGGUAGCAAGCGCGUGGUCGAUUACGCUGCCGAUGCCCACAGCGGUUUCAACGCCGUUGUCCAUAGAGAACCAGCCAGCCACGCCGUUGCCGCGGUAGCUCAUCAUGCUCCCGUUGUCGUCGCUCAGCGUGCACCUCUUGCCAUCGGAGCCCACGCUGCCUAUGAGACCCACGGGCAUCAUAGAAGCUACUACUAA